AUGGUGGAGGCGCCGGAGGCCGUCAACGAGCCACAGGUGGUGGAGGCCCUGGAGGCCGUCCACGAGCCACAGAUGGUGGAGGCCCUGGAGGCCGUCCACCAGCCACAGAUGGUGGAGGCGCCGGAGGCCGUCCACGAGCCACAGAUGGUGGAAGCGCCGGAGGCCGUCCACGAGCCACAGAUGGUGGAAGCGCCGGAGGCCGUCCACAAGCCACAGAUGGUGGAGGCCGUACACGAGCCACAGAUGGUGGAGGCCGUACACGAGCCACAGAUGGUGGAGGCCGUGGAGAGGCCGUCCACGAGCCACAGAUGGUGCCGAGCCACAGAUGGUGGAGGCCCUGGAGGCCGUCCACGAGCCACAGAUGGUGGAGGCCCUGGAGGCCGUCCACGAGCCACAGGUGGUGGAGCCCUGAAGGCCGUCCACAAGCCACAGGUGGUGGAGGCCCUGGAGGCUGUCCACGAGCCAUAG